AUGUCGUCACUUCCCGAUGAUUUGCUAUUGAGCAUCUUCGCACGCAUCUCAAGAUUGUACUAUCCGACUCUCUCUCUUGUCUCCAAGAGCUUCCGAUCUCUACUAGCUUCACCGGACCUUUACAAAGCCCGAUCACUCUUAGGCCACACUGAGAGUUGUCUCUACGUGUGCUUUCAUUUUGAUUCUGGCCCUAACACACAUUGGUUCACUCUCUGUCGGAAACCUGACGGAACCCUAACCAAUGACACCAGUAAGAAGAAGAAGUCAAAUGGGUAUGUUUUGGCUACUGUGCCAAUUCCCCAUUCUCCUCCUGCAAACUUUUCAAGUCUCGUGGCGGUUGGUUCUGAUAUCUACAACAUUGGUGGAUCCAUUUACCUAGGACCCUCCUCGUCUAGUGUCUCGAUUCUGGAUUCCCAGUCUCACAUGUGGCGCGAGGCUCCAAGCUUGCGGGUGGAGCUGAUGUCACAUUCUGCUAGCGUCCUUGACAGAAAGAUAUAUGUAGCAGGAAGCUACAAAGAUGGCAAUGGCGAUUCCAACUCCUGUAAGAACUUGUUCGAGGUGUUCGACACAAAAACACAAGUGUGGCAUCCUGAGCCCAUCCCAUGCAGCAAGACAAAAGGCAUUUUUUACUCCAAAAGCGCAUGUAUUGAUGGAAAGUUUCACGUGGAGACGACUCACGGAGUGGUGUAUGCUUACAAGGAAGGUAGAUGGGACAAGGCUAUACCAACGAUGUUUGGUAUGAGGGCUUCAUAUUCUUUUUGCGAGAUAAAUAAUGUUUUGUUCUAUAUUCAUCGCGGAGUGUUCAGAUGGUAUGAUACUAAGUUAAGAAUGUGGAGAAUAUUGAAAGGUUUGUUAGGACUACCUAGUUUACCUGAGAAUAUGUUUGUUAGAUUGGCUGAUUAUGGUGGAAAGAUGGCGGUUUUAUGGGAAGAGGAUCGCCCUUCUUGUGGGGCUGGUGGCAGAGAUGAGAUGAUGAUUUGGUGUGCCGUGAUUGCGCUUAAAAGGCACCUAAAUUUUAGUUUUUGGGGAAAGGUUGAGUGGUUUGAUCAUGUGCUUACAGUCCCUAAACAACAUGUUUUCGUUAAGGCUCUUACUGCUAGUUUGUGA